AUGACCGCGUCCUCAUUGCUUAUGCAGCGUUUGCUGAAAGGCCCAGUGAUCGUAGCACUGAUUGGCGGACUGCCCCCACGCGGCUAUCCAGGCGCUGGCGCCCCCACUCCCCCUGACGGCGGGAAGCACAGGAGCUCCGAGAGGACGCCGGUCCGAGGUGCGCAGCGCGGCAAGGACCCCAAGAGACUGACCGGUCUCAGGGCCCCUCGACCAACUUUCAUGUGUCGCCGCAGGCAGGCCACCAAGCUGCAGGAGGAGGACCCUGAGGACUCUGAUGAAGAAUGGACUCCAAGGCAGCGAGUGAAACCUUCUUGGGUGGCCUUCAGAAGGGAACAGAGUAAACAUAAAAAGGCAACAUUCAAGGUGCCAGUAAGCUAUGAAUGUCAUCUGAAGGAACUGUCAGGAACAGCGAAUUUGAUGACAGCAAUUGAGUCAGAGCAGGCCCAGAAACCAGUGUCCUCUCCUGGAGAAGCAUGUGCCUUUGGAAAGCACACUAGACGAAAAUCAGAACUCAGGAGAAAGAAGAUGGACGUGGAGAUGUACAGCCUACGAGAAAGAAAGGACUGUGUGCACCAAGAGGUCACCGACCCCCAGGAUGAUGACUACCUUUAUUGUGAGAAGUGUCAGAACUUCUUCAUCGACAGCUGUGCUGUGCAUGGACCCCCUGCGUUUGCAAAGGACAGUGCAGUGGACAAGGGGCAUCCCCAUCGCUCAGCCCUCACCCUGCCCCCUGGGUUGAGAAUCGGGCCAUCGGGCAUCCCUGAGGCUGGGCUUGGAGUGUGGAAUGAGGCAGCUGAUUUGCCAGUGGGUCUGCACUUUGGCCCUUAUGAAGGACACAUCACAGAAGAUGAAGAGGCAGCCAAGAGCAGAUACUCCUGGCUGAUCGCCAAAGGGAGAAACUGUUAUGAGUAUGUGGAUGGAAAGGACAAAUCCUGGGCCAACUGGAUGAGGUAUGUGAACUGCGCCCAGGAUGAUGAAGAGCAGAACCUGGUGGCCUUUCAGUACCACGGGCAGAUUUUCUACCGAACCUGCCGGGUCGUCAGGCCGGGCUGUGAGCUGCUGGUCUGGUUCGGGGACGAAUAUGGCCAGGAGCUGGGCAGCAAGUGGGGCAGCAAGUGGAAGAGAGAGCUCGUGGCUGGGAGAGAACCAAAACCAGAGGUGCACCCAUGUCCCUCCUGCUCUCUGGCCUUCUCCAGUCAGAAGUUCCUCAGCCAACACGUGAAACUCCGUCAUCCCUCUCAGAUUCUCCCGGGAAUAUCUGUGCGAAAACAGCUCCAAGCAGAGGAACCCUGUCCAGGGGAUCAGAAUCAGCAGCAGCAACAUACUAGUACACACAGCUGGAAUGAUACAGCUGAAGGUCAAGAGGUCAAAGAAAAGUCCAAACCUUUGCUUAAAAGGAUCAGUCAGAGGAAAAUCUCAAGACCCGUUUUCCAACGUUCCAAAAAACAGAUGAGGAGCUCUACUCAACAUGAGACAGUGAUGGAGGAGGAGCCCAGUGAUGGAGGAGGAGGUCAGAAAGAGAGUCCAGAGGGCGCAGGCAAGUUAUUUGUGAAAGUAGGAAUGUCAAGAAUUGUAGCGAUCAAGUAUGGAAGAUGUUGGCAAGGCUUCAAUGAUGGGUCACAUCUCAUCACACACCAGAGGACACACUGCAGAGAGAAGCCCUAUGUUUGCAGUGAGUGUGGGCGAGGCUUUACACGGAAGUCACAUCUUGUCACACAUCAGAGGACACACUCAGGGGAGAAGCCCUAUGUUUGCAGUGAGUGUGGGCGAGGCUUUACACAGCAGUCGCAUCUUGUCAGACACCAGAGGACACACUCAGGGGAGAAGCCCUAUGUUUGCGGUGAGUGUGGGCGAGGCUUUGCAUGUAAGUCAGGUCUCAUCACACACCAGAAGACACACUCAGGGGAGAAGCCCUAUGUUUGCAGGGAGUGCGGGAGAGGCUUUGCCUGUAAAUCAGGUCUCAUCACACACCAGAAGACACACUCAGGGGAGAAGCCCUAUGUUUGCAGGGAGUGUGGGAGAGGCUUUACACAGAGAUCAGUGCUCAUCAUACACCAGAGGACACACUCAGGGGAGAAGCCCUAUGUUUGCAGGGAGUGUGGGAGAGGCUUUGCUUGCAAGUCACAUCUCAUCAGACACCAGAAGACACACUCAGGGGAGAAGCCCUAUGUUUGCAGGGAGUGUGGGCGAGGCUUUACACGGAAGUCAGUUCUCAUCAUACACCAGAGGACACACUCAGGGGAGAAGCCCUAUGUUUGCAGGGAGUGUGGGCGAGGCUUUACACAGAAGUCAUAUCUCAUCACACACCAGAGGACACACUCAGGGGAAAAGCCCUAUGUUUGCAGGGAGUGUGGGAGAGGCUUUACACGGAAGUCAGUUCUCAUAAGACACCAGAGGACACACUCAGGAGAGAAGCCCUAUGUUUGCAGGGAGUGUGGGAGAGGCUUUACACGGAAGUCAGUUCUCAUCCUACACCAGAGGACACACUCAGGAGAGAAGCCCUAUGUUUGCAGGGAGUGUGGGCAAGGCUUCACAUGCAAGUCAGGUCUCAUCGCACACCAGAGAGUACACUCAGGGGAAAAGGUGUAUGUUUGCAGGGAGUGUGGGAGAGGCUUUACACAGCACUCAAAUCUCAUCACACACCAGAGGACACACUCAGGGGAGAAGCCCUAUGUUUGCAAGGAGUGUGGGCGAGGCUUUACACGGAAAUCAGUUCUCAUCACACACCAGAGGACACACACAGGGGAGAAGUCCUAUGUUUGCAGGUGAACUAAGGGAGUCAUUAGCAUUAAGUCACAUUCAAUAGCCAUAGGAAGUCCACGGCCCCUUACUCUCCCCAAGAUUGUAACUAGUGCAGAAGUAACUGGUUAAACAAACCCUCCAGUUUCAUGACAAGAGAUGAGAUGGACAAACAGUUCCAUAGUGAUAUGGGGAUGUCAGCACCAAACUCAUUCAUGGUUUUUUGACAUCCUAUUCUGAACAGUUUUGUCUCCAUACAAAUAUGAAGCCCACAUCCCUAAUUCCCCCUAUCACUGAAAGCAGAGAGCUCCAGAAGAGCCACAGAGAACUCACACUCAGCCACAGAAAUUCAACUCCUGCAAAUGCGUAAGUCUUUAGUCAGUCUACUUAGGUCACUGCCCAGAGAGAGGGAUUUGAGACAGAUUCACUAGGGAAGGGAAUACCCUGGACUUUUGGGAAGUGGGGCCUUUUCUCCUAAUAGGUUCCCUACCUUCCUCCCUUGGCUUCUCUUGGCUCUUCCGGUUUCCAACAACCUCAGGAGUCUCAGUGGCAAACAUUAGGGAGGGAUGUAUGCUGUGCAUAGAUGUGAGUCUGGCUCAGUCCGGGCACCUGGUCUUACUCUCCUUGCUGCCCCUCAGGGUCAGCAUUUCCUGGUGCAUAGCACACAGAUUCCACAUCAGUUAAUAGUGGGUGUGAGUCUCAGCUCUGUCUUCUCCAGCUGUGUGAUGUAAGGCAUGAUUCUCAACUUCUCUCUGCCUGCUUCCUAGUCUGUACAAUGGAAAUGGCAAUUCCAGCCUUUCUGUUUGACAUUCAAAGUUGAGUCAGCACAGAGAGUCUGGCAAGAGGCUCUCUGAGAUCACAAGUCCUGCUGAACAGUCUUCAGUGCCCACGUCUUCCAGGUCUUUAGUGCUGGACAAAGGAAGAUAAGGAAAAGGUAGGGGUUUGUAACCAAAUUCAGAAUUUGAGCAGACCCCACUGCUUUCCCCACACAGACUGAAUUGCCCUGAGAAGGAAGCCUGAGGUUGGGGAGGUGCCUCCCCCUGAUCACCACCUUCUCACUGAGCCUGGGCAUCCUCAGAGCCUCCUCAACACAGGCAGGUGGUGCUGAGAGUGAGCUGUGAAACAAGACCCUCACCCACCCCUGGAUGAGAACUGACCCUGAAACAGCAUCUGCCUGCACUGGGGUGUUAGGUGGGAUAGAUGGGAAGCCAAGGCAGGGAGGACGAGGAAGACCUCUGUCACCCACUAACUCAGCAGUCCUGAGCCUGCUCCAAGUCUAUGGCCAGAUGGUCCAACAUCACAAGGAACACCAUGCUAACUCGUUGAAAUUCUAGGUAUCAUUUCCACCAUCUCGCAAAGAAAGGCUUUCAAACUGUAUUCAUCCCAAGCUUAGAAGAUGGGAGGGGGUCCACAGCACUCACGGAAAGGACCCAUGAAACAAAACCGGCUAAUUGUUUGCCUCUGGCCAGUAUCUGAUUUAUGUGAGGGUCCCUAAUGUUUACAGAAAGAGCCCAUAGAUCACUUUGGGUUCUCAAAGUUUACUGCCUCGACUUUAACUCUCCUGUCACGUAUCUAUUUUACAAGAUGACCAAAUAGGGUCUGAAGCAAGAUAAGGAUUCAGGCUAACAGAUCCCCACACAUACCUACAUUUUGGUAGUCAUAUCUCAUGGAAGCUGGUACCACUUUUACCCAUCAAUCUAUAUGUAACUUCUUUGCUCCCAUCCUGUCAACUAUAUAUGUCCUCAGGACAAAGGACCUGGUGCUCUUGCCACCUAAACUCUUGCCUUUCAACCUCACCUCAGUAAGACCUGUCCUCUCGCAUGAGAGCGUGUCACUAAUAAACCCUACUUGCAUGCAAAUACACUUGCCGAUCUGUAAUCCUUGACUGCAUUGGCAAGAACUGAGUUUCUCCUGUGACAGGUGCACCCAAUCUGCAUGUGGCACUCAUGAAGCUCACAAGGUGGCAGCUUCUGUAAUGCACUGUCCUUGUACCUGGGCCCCACAGAGUUUAAUGCACCACUGACACCAUCUCGAAAUUAUUACUUAAUUGUAUCUUUGAACUUGUUUGUGAAGUCUGAUGGGAUAAUAGACAUGCACAAUGUUGGUCAUUCCUGGCCACCCGUUCCCAGAUUAUGUCCACAAUGGCCCAGGAGCACAAAAUUCCCAUGGACUCAGUGGGUAGGAGUCCAGCAAGACUCAGGGUGAGAACAGGGUAAACAUACAUCUGUAUAAGCGAGGGUGCUAACAAGCCCCAGAGGUCACACUGUUCUAAGAACCAGAGCUGAAUUCAAUACAGAGAGAUGGCAAACAAUUAGGACGCCAUCACACCCUCUUCUGCAUGAGGGAGACCUAAGCAUGACCCAUCCUGGUCCUGUGAGCCCUGUGACCUGGAAUGACGACCUUUCUGUCCUCCCAGUGCCAGGCUUGUGGAGAGUGUCUCUGUAAACUAUGUGGAUUUCAAUAAAAAAUAUCCACUA